AUGGUGGAAGUAUCUGUAGGACAGGUCAUUAGUCUUCUAGACGGCCGGCAAGCGACAGUGCGAUUUGUUGGGUCAACACACUUCGCCAGCGGAGAUUGGAUUGGAGUCGAGUUAGAUGAUGCGAGUGGGAAGAACGAUGGAUCUGUCCAAGGCGAGCGGUAUUUCGACUGUGAACAUGGCUUCGGAAUGUUUAUCAGACCGUCAGCUGUUUCUUCCAUUCUGGCUCCAGCUCCCAAACGUGAAAGCAAAGUCGCUCCGGCAAAAGGAGCUGGUGUUGGCAAAGGCACGACACCUGGGCUGCCCUCAUCGAGGCGGACAGGCAGUGUUGCCACAGUAGCGCCAAAACGACAAAGCGUCACUUCGAGUCCCUCACCGGCCCCAAGAGAGAUGGUAGUCCGGAAUUUAAGGUCACCGACCAAAUCUCCUGUCAAGCAACUUGCUACCUCCCGGCCAUCCUCGAUGCUCUCUAAAACAACUAGCGCGGUAAAACCUAGGGCCAGCGUUAGCGGACGAACGUCAAUGGGCCCUCCGGCCACCGGAUCAGUGGCAGCACGAUCACGACAGUCUUUAAUGGGAGCGCAGAACAAACUAGCACGACCUGGCGCCCCUUCAAGUACCUCAACAUCCACUUCCUCCGUCAAGCGUCUUUCAGUACGUCCGUCUAUCACAAAAAAUGCUACAGAUGAAAGCUCGAGCAGAGCAAGUGGUGCAUCAGAGCCAAGCGGCGAUAACGAUGAGUUAGACCAAGAAGCCAAAGGUGAAGAUGUUUCGCCCACGGCAUCUCGUCCAGAACAUGGGGCGGCAUCAUCGCGACCCUCAGCGACAUUACGCAGCGCAUCACAGAGUACGUCCAUUGCUAGGGAGCUGGAAGACUUGAAAACGAAGCUUAAGGUCAUGGAGAAAAAGCGAGCUGAGGAUAGGGAAAGACUCAAAGGUCUCGAACGGCUGCAGGCUGAAAAGGACAAAUACGAGGGUAUCAUCCAGAAACUGCAGGCGAAAUAUCAGCCUCAGCAAGUCGAAUUGACAGACCUGAAGAAGAAACUUCGAGAAACAGAAGCGAAACUCGAGCAAGCUGAAAGGAUACAGGCUGAACAUGAGUCUAUUUUGGAGAUAGCUGCCUUGGACCGUGAAAUGGCAGAAGAAACUGCUGAAGCAUUCAAAGCUGAGUGCCAGGACCUCAAACUCAGAUUGGAGGAGUUACAACUAGAACUCGAAGUGUUACGGGAUGAGAAUGAGGAAUUGAAUAAUGUCAUGAGCCCCGAAGACAAAUCUAGCCAGGGUUGGCUGCAAAUGGAAAAGACUAAUGAGCGACUCCGUGAGGCUCUGAUUAGGCUGCGUGAUAUGACACAGCAGACAGAAGCAGAGCUUCGUGCUCAGAUCAAAGAGUUAGAAGAUGACCUCGAGGAGUAUACGACGGUGAAAGCAGAGUAUGAUUCAGUCAAAAAAAAAUUACUUGCCUCUGAAUCGAAUGUGGAUGAUCUCAAACAACAGCUAGAAACAGCACUGGGUGCCGAGGAAAUGAUCGAGGAGUUAGCUGACAAGAACAUGCGGUAUCAAGAGGAGAUAAAUGAGCUUAAAGCGGCCAUCGAAGAUCUUGAAAGUCUAAAGGAAAUUAGUGAUGAGCUCGAGCUCAACCAUGUCGAGACGGAGAAACAAUUGCAGGAAGAAAUCGACUACCGGGAGUCAAUUUUCAACGAACAAUCUCGCAAGGUUGCCCAGCAGGAUGAGAUUAUCGAGGACUUAGAGUACACGUUGGCGCGGUUCAGGGAGCUUGUUACCAACCUGCAGAGUGACCUUGAAGAUAUGCGCGCAUCCCAGCAGUUGACCGAGACCGAGGCGAAUGAGCUCUCAACGCGAUCCAGGGCAAUGAUGGAUCUUAAUUUGCGACUGCAAGCCUCCGUUGAAAAGGCUCAAAGUAAAACGAUUGAGAUUGAACUGGGCCGCAUGGAGGCGGAAGAAUCCUCAGAACAUCUUGCAAUUGUCCAAUCUUACCUACCAGAGUACUAUGACACCGAAAGAGAUUCAGUCCGAGCUUUCUUGCGCGCGAAAAGGGUAGAGUCCAAAGCGUUGUUGAUUCAGAAUACUGUUCGGGAACGUCUCUCGGAGCAAUCUCAAUCUUCGAGCGCACAAGAAAAUAUCUUUGCUUCAUACGAGGUCAUUGAAAAUGCAUUGUGGAUAUCACGUGUAUGUGAAAGAUUCGUCAAGCAUGUCACAUCAUGCUCACCCGAACAAUUUGGCCAAUUUGGCGUUGCCCUGUACGAACUAGAACCAGUAGAGCGCACAGUCAACAACUGGAUCGACUCCCUGAGGAAAAAUGAGAUCGAUGAAAAGAAAUGUGCCUUGGAAUUGCAAAGAUCUAUCGCUCUCUUGACCCAUCUUGCGGAAACCUUGAUUCCGACAGAGCUAGCAACAUACGCAGAUGAAACCCUUACACGUGCUAUCAUGAUUCAGACAUACCUCGAACAUGUUGCUUCUGCUUUGACCCAGCUGAGGAAUCUCCUACAUAGCAAGCUUCCUGCUUCCGAGGGAGAAGAUGCGGAAAGAUUGUUCUUUUUCAAUAAAACCGACGCUCUGGUUGGUCAGGCACGCGGCUUGAAGGUGGUGAUUACGAAAGUCAUUCGCUCCUUGGAAGAGCUCAACUCCAGGUCACUUGCGCUGUCGGAUGGAGCUGCCGAACCAUUUGAGUCUGUAGAGGCAAUAGCCAAGAAAUUAGCUGAAUUGGUGCGAGAACUCGGAGAGGAUGUUAUGGUACUACUUGGCGAAGAAGGGCGAACGGAGCCGUUCACUUAUGAAGAGAUUUCAGCCAGAAUGGUGCAGACAGCGGCGACUCUAGCACAAGGUCUCGCCCCAGAAGGUGAAAGUAACGAUGCGCUCUCAUUGCUGACCUUAGGAUUGAAGACUUUGACUAGUCAGCUCGAAGAGUUGAGCAACCAUACUUCUGAUUUAGCACAUACGGCUGAAUUUGAAAGGGGUAAAUAUCCUUGGAUUGCUCGUGCGGAAGAGCUCAAAUCACACAAGGCCUCGUCGCCUGAUGCAGAGGAGGAGAUUCGUCGGCUUAAGAAUGAAUUGAGCGAGACAUCUACUGCUCUUGGCGUUAAGGAUAAGACGAUUGAAGAACAAGCGAUGAAAGUGGAAUUGCUUGAAUCUAGAAUGCGUGAAGCGACCAAAAAGGCAUCUGUUGUCAAGGACUUUGAAACCAAGAUUGAGACCAUGCAAGAAAAGGAAGGCCAGUUACAGGGAAUGGUAGAGAAGCUCAGUAAGGAUUUGCAAUCUAUGCAAUCCGAGCGUGACGACUACAAACAACGAUUUGAACGCGCAAAACAGGCGUCCGGCAAUGUUGGUGCUACAAUUACUGCAGAGGGUGUAGUUGUUGAUUCAGAAGCAACCCUGGCAGCUAUGCGCGAGAACGAAGCACUUCGGUCAGAAAUCAACAGUCUCCAAGCCGCUGUUCGCUUCCUACGUGAAGACAACUGUCGCGCAAAUCUACUUGAUCCUUACUCCGUCCAGCGAACGAUGAACAUGUAUUCCUGGCUCGAUGCACCGCUUACACAACCUAAACCUUCCUCUCAAAGGGAAGCACAAUACGCUCGUGCCGCCGAGAGUCGAGACGUACUCAACCAUCUCCUCAAACUCACCAAGGAGACACCAAUCACCGAUCUUGCCUCCACUCUAUCAGCUCACCAAAAACGCUCUGCUUGGCGUCCCACAAAAUCAACAUACCGGUACAAAGCGCUCCAAAACCGCGAAAACUAUGAACAAUGGAGUGAAUGGAAGAACGAAGUCGCAAUGCGCGAGAAAGAAGAGGAGAGGAUACUAGCUGCAAAAGCCGAGCGGAUUUUGCGUGAGCAACAGGCGAAGCGUCGCGCCCCUCCCCGUGGACAUGCUAAAACUCCAUCGGCAGGGUUUGGCAUGAUGGGUAGGGCUUGGACGAUACUGGGGAUGCAGAAUGAAGUUGAUGGGAAGGAAGGUGGUAUAGUUGAAAUUGUAUCUGAUGUUUAAUUGGUGAGAUAAUCCUCAAUGUGGAGGAUUUGAUAUAGAUAUUUUGAUCCCUAGUACACACUCCUAGGCUUAUUGUAUAAUAGAAGAAGGCUGUAUAUGUACAUCUGGU